UAACUUCAGACCGGGUCUGCGAAUCGAACUGCACUCAGCGAAAAACAAAACGAAACUGACGACCCGACCCCCCAAUCCGCGGGAGCAGAGCUUCGCACAGUGGGGGCCGUAAAAAUAGCGGAGUGUGGAGCGAGUGUGUCGAGUAUGUGGAAUGGCAUGCAAUUGAGGAGCAGCUGUUGAUUUCGAAAAAGGCAAGGGCUUUACCAGAACGAUAGACUGAGGAAACAGCUGUCGGUUUUCUGGCCGCUGGCGAAAGGUGAACAGAGUUCAUUGGGGUCGUCGCUAUUACGCCACCAACACUGAAGUGCCUGUGUGCGUGAGAGAUCUCUAGACGCUGCGUUGCCAAAAAAACCAAACGAACGAGAAAGAAACGGAAAGCGGGAAGCUGUACACACACCGCUCGGCAUAAUCAAUUAAGAUGUCUGAGAAUAAGAACCUGCCCCUUCUACCUCUAGUCCUAUGCGUUGUGGCCUUUGUCGCUGCUGUGGGACCAAUGCCUGCCUUUGGAGCAGUGGCCACUCACAAGCACGAGAAGCAUCUGAGCAAGGAGCGGGUGAAGGAUGGCAUUUACGCUCCACGGGAUGCACAUCAUCACGGCGAGGAUGGGGAGCACAACGUGGAGUUCGACCAUGAGGCCAUCAUCGGAAACACGAAAGAGGCACAGGAAUUCGAUACACUAACACCGGAGGAAUCAAAGCGACGACUCCUAAUCCUCAUUAAGAUGAUGGAUCUCAACAAGGACGAGUUUAUUGAUCGGCACGAGUUGAAAGCUUGGAUAUUAAGGUCUUUUAAAAAACUAUCCGAGGAAGAGGCUGCUGAUCGCUUCGAGGAAAUCGACCAAGACGGCGAUGAGAGAGUCACAUGGAAGGAGUAUCUGCAGGACACGUAUGCCAUGGAGGACGAGGACUUUAAAAAGGAGACCAUCGAAUUUGAGACCUACGAAGAUGAACAGAAAAUGAUCAAGCAGGACAAGGAAAUGUUCAAGGCAGCCGACACAAACAACGACGGUGUACUAUCCCUGGAGGAAUUCAAUGCCUUUAACAAUCCCGAAGACCAUCCGGCAAUGUUGCCCAUCCUGUUGGAACAUACAAUGCAGGACAAGGAUCAGGAUCAUGAUGGAAAGAUCAAUUUCCAGGAGUUUGUGGGCGAUGCGGCUGCCCAUCAUGACAAGGAAUGGUUGAUUACCGAAAAGGAGCGGUUCGACAAGGACCACGAUGUUAACGGAGAUGGUGUUCUCACGGGUGAAGAGGUUCUAUCCUGGAUAGUACCGAGCAAUGCUGCCAUCGCCACGGAUGAGGUUGACCACCUAUUUGUUUCCACCGAUGAGGAUCACGACGAUAGACUUUCGUACCUAGAGAUCUUAAACAAUUACGAUACCUUUGUGGGUAGCGAGGCGACCGAUUACGGAGAUCACCUACAAAACAUCAACCAUCUCUCCGAUGAGCUGUAAAGUCGGCCGGUAAAGCAUGCCGGUCUCAUGCUGUGGCGAUUCUGUGCUUAGUAUUCUCUUUCAUUUAAAUAGUUAGUAAAUUUAUAUUUAUUUAUGUAAAUUCAAGUGACAAUUGCAAAUCAAUAUCGCUAAAUUGUUUUGAGCGCUUCUUAAUAAUUUCAUAUCCAUGUCUCUUAGUUAUUGUUUUUCUUUCCAUGUACCAAUUACAUACAUUAUGCGUAGUUUAAAUAGACACCAAAAAAGAAUCUACAAUAAUCAUAAUAAUGUAAUAAAUCAUUUUUACUAAAUUAUUUCGGGUGUAAGUACAUUAAAGGGUAGAUUUAUUUAA